AUGGUGGACCCAGCUCGAGUGAACGAGUGCACGCAUGAGUUCUGUUUUGCUUGUAUUCUGCAGUGGUCCAAGGUAUCUUCGACGUGUCCUCUGUGCAAAACCCCCUUCCAAGCGCUGUGGAACGUGACUUCUCGUACCAGUGUCCCAGUCGAGCCUGCGGCAGCUUCUUGCCCAUGGGAUGCUCCUGCCAAUUCGAGCAUUGAAACGUCAUUACAAGACGAGUUGACUCACGGAUACGACAUGGACGAUGGAUUUGUGGUGCCCGACGGGUUUGUCGAGUUUGAAGACAUGGAACUGAUGGAGUUAGUGCCCAGUGCGACGGCGCAUUGGACUGGCACGGCCAGACUUCGCAGUCGGCGCGAACGACGAAGGAGGGGGGAGACGGCAAGUGACGCCAUCAGCAUCAUGCGCCCCCCACGAAGCCACCGCCGCGUCAUAGUGGACGACGAAGAUGAGUGCAUCGAUGGAGCGACUGGUGAAGGUGCUACCAGAAGCGAGAAGCUACCUCUUAAUCGAAGGUCCAAGUACUUUGGAGGACAGGUGCGGCCGUAAAGGCGACCAUGGACAUUUGAGAAAGACUGCAACAUUUGAUCAAGUAUUUCAUGCGA